AUGGCGGAAAACGGUGAGGAGAAGCUCAUAGCCGUCGCCCGCCACAUAGCUAAGACCCUCGGCCACACCGAUACCAUGACCGACGACAUCCUCAAGAUCUUCUCUAAUUUCGAUGGCAGGCUCCGUGAGAAGCUCACCGAGACGAUCUCCGAGGAGGGCGCCGAGCAGGUGCUCACCGCCCUCGACCGCCAGAUCUCCCGCUACGUCGCCGCCGACCGCCCGAUCUGGUCCAGCUCCGCCGAUUCCUCCGCCUUCCUUGACGCCGUCGAUCGCCUGAUCUCCGCCGUGCGCGACUGGACCCCUCUCGCCGACGACAAGGGCAUCUCGUCCUGCCUCGACCGCGCCGAGGAUCUGCUCCAGCAGUCCAUGUUCCGGCUGGAGGACGAGUUCCGGACGCUCGCCGAGCGCGGGGCCGAGUCGUUCGACCUGACACGGUCCGAGUCGGCCACCCGCGAUUCGUUCUCGGACGAGGAGGACGAUUUCGACGAGGAUGGCGAGGAUUUCAUUCCCGUCGCGCAUCCUGUCACCGAUUACGACGUCAUAAUCGACGCCCUGCCGGCGGGGACCAUCGGCGACCUCCACGAGAUCGCGAAGCGGAUGGUGGCCGCCGGCUACGUGAAGGAGUGCUCGCACGUCUACAGCACCAGCCGGCGGGAUUUCCUUGAGGAGAGCUUUUCCAGGCUCGGGCUCCAGAAGCUCAGCAUCGACGACGUGCACAGGAUGCAGUGGACCCAGCUUGAGGAUGAGAUCGAAAAAUGGGUCAAGGCAAUCAACGUGGCCCUUCGGAUCUUCUUCCCGAGCGAGCGGCGGCUGUGUGACCGAGUCUUCUUUGGGCUACCCAGUGCUGCCGACCUCUCUUUUAUGGAGGUCUGCCGGGGCUCCGCCAUCCAGCUCUUGAAUUUUGCGGAUGCCGUGGCCAUUGGAAGCAGGGCCCCCGAGCGUCUCUUCAAGGUGCUCGAUGUCUAUGAAACAGUGAGAGAUUUGAUGCCGGAGUUUGAGCUCAUCUUUUCAGACCAGUACUGCGUGUCUUUGAGAAAUGAGGCCGUAGCUAUCUGGAAAAGACUGGGGGAAGCUAUUAGGGGGAUUUUCAUGGAGUUGGAGAAUUUGAUUCGUAGGGACCCAGCUAAAGAUGCUGUGCCUGGUGGCCGAUUGCAUCCAAUAACUCGAUAUGUUAUGAAUUAUCUACGUGCGGCAUGCCGGGCUCGGCUGACUUUGGAACAGGUUUUUGAAGAGAGUGUUGUCCCGAGCAAUGUGGAUUAUAGGAAAGGGGAUGAUCGGGCCUUGUUUUCCUCAUCAUCCCCGUUAUCUGUUCAAAUGGCAUGGAUUAUGGAGUUGUUGGAGAGUAAUUUAGAGGCCAAGUCGAAGGUUUAUAAGGAUUCUGCAUUGUGUGCCGUGUUUUUGAUGAAUAACGGCCGGUACAUAGUGCAGAAGGUGAAAGACAAUGAGCUAGGCACGCUCUUAGGUGAGGAUUGGAUUAGGAAACACACGGCGAAAGUGAGGCAGUAUCAUUUGAAUUAUCAAAGGAGCUCAUGGAAUAAGGUUUUGGGCGUGUUGAAACUCGAUAAUAAGCCGAUGUCGCCAAGUGGGAAGAGCAUGAGGGAAAAACUGAAGCUAUUUUAUUCAUACUUCGAUGAAAUAUGCAAGACUCAGUCUUUGUGGGUGAUAUUUGAUGAUCAGUUAAGGGAUGAAAUGAGGAUUUCAAUUUUAGAGUCUUUGUGCCCGGCUUAUCGUAAUUUCAUUACAAGAAUGCAGGGUUUACCAGAUAUUGGGAAGAAUGCAGAUAGGUACAUAAGGUAUAGUGUGGACGAUAUUAAGGCUCGGAUUGGGGAUUUAUUUCAAGGGACCAAAACUGGAAGAAGGUAG